UUUAUAACAUUCUCCGACUUCCUAGGACGUGUUUUAUGCCACUUCUUUUUCUGUCUCAUUUUGUCCACCAAACUUUUAGCGUUGUGCGUGAAUGCACAAAGUCGUCGGGUACCAGCGUGGUGGUGGACAUCUCGGUGAUGGGUGAGGCCCACGGUUUGAUAUCAGACCUGCUGGCGGACCCCUCGCUGCCUCCCAACACCUGCAGCUCACUGAAGGCUGUCAGCAGCCUCCUCAGCACCCAGAUCAGCCUCCAGCCGCUCCACCGGCCCCACAUGGCGCCCGUCACGCACACCUGCUGCGACUCGGAGGACGGGCCCGAUAAGGCGGAGAGACUGGCCAUUCCGAAGCGUCUGAGGCGGAGUCUUCCCCCGGGAUUGCUGCGGAGAAUCUCGUCCACGUGGACCACCACCACCUCGGCCACGGGACUGCCCGCCAUCGAGCCCGGACCCGUACGGAGGGACCGCUCCGCCAGCAUCAAGUACACCACAGACGGGGAAUCAUGGAGGAACUCCGUCAUGACCACCAUCUGCAAGAGCCGCUCCAUGUCCGCCUCCUGCGCCACCUCCAUCACCCUCAACCACUUCUGCAGCAAACCGCUGGGAAGACCAGGCUUCGUCCCCUCCAGCAUAUCCCCGCUGGGCUCGCCGUGCCCGUCCCCUCCCGCCCAGGGCACGCCUGCCUCCAGCCCCACCGCCAAGACGUGCUCGGUGAAGCUUCCGGAGCUGGUGGGGGUGACGCCGGCGGAGCAGACCCCGGACUGUGACGUCUCCAAGAGCCGCCACCGAGCCUUAACUCACAGCCAGAGCGCGCCCGGCUCCACCACUCCUCACUGGCGGCCUCCGUCACUCUGCAGCAGCUGCGGCAGGCCCUUCAACCACCGACUCAACCAUGGCGUGGAAUCUAUUGUCAAGAUGGAGAGAAUACCCCGUCCAGAUGAGCGUGCGGUCAUCUCAUCGGACUACGACAGCACGUACGACAGCACCUACGAGACCAACCACAGUGACAGCAGCGACUUUGCACAGAACGAGGAAGAGGCGGACGGCGGCAAGAAGCCGUCCGAGGCGAGGGAAGGUUGCAGGGAGUAUGCGGCCGAGGGCAUCGUCCUGCACCCCCUCCUGCCAUCACCCGAGGACAAGCUCAUGUUGGCCCCGGAGCCCCUGCUGAUGGAUCCUCUCAUGAGUCAACUCGACAUUUGGAAUUUUCCCAUUUUCAGUUUAGUGGAGAAGACUCACGGCAAGGCAGGCUGCAUCCUCAGCCAGGUGUCCUACAAGCUCUUCGAAGAUUCGGGCCUGUUUGAGACCUUCAAGAUUCCUCUGGCGGAGUUCAUGAACUACUUUCACGCUUUGGAGAAUGGAUACAGAGACAUCCCCUAUCACAACAGGAUCCACGCCACUGAUGUGCUGCACGCCGUCUGGUACCUCACCACGCAGCCCGUGCCCGGCCUGCCCCCGCCCCUGACUGAAAACGGCAAAUACAACGACUCUGCGAACGGCAUGACCCUCGGUGCCGCCGCCUUCCUGUCAUCUAAGAUGAGCGCCGCGCCGGAGGAUGGCUACAGCUCCUUGUCCGCCCUCAUCCCGGGCCUGGAGCUGAUGGCGUUGUACGUGGCCGCCGCCAUGCACGAUUACGACCACCCGGGAAGAACCAACGCCUUUCUAGUAGCCACCAGUGCGCCGCAGGCUCUUCUGUACAACGACCGCUCGGUCCUGGAAAACCACCACGCCGCUUCGGCGUGGAACCUCUUCAUGUCUCGCCCGGAGUACAACUUCCUGGUCAACCUGGAGCAUGUGGAGUUCAAGCGCUUCCGCUUCCUCGUCAUCGAAGCCAUCUUGGCCACCGACCUCAAAAAGCAUUUUGACUUCCUAGCUGAGUUUAACGCCAAGGUGGGUGACGACGGGGUGUCUGGCAUCGACUGGUCAAACGAAAACGACCGAUUGCUGGUGUGCCAGAUGUGCAUCAAGCUGGCCGAUGUCAACGGACCUCUGAAGUGUAAGGAGCUGCACUUGCAAUGGACUGAGGGGAUCGUCAAUGAGUUCUACGAACAAGGUGACGAGGAAGCAAGCCUGGGCCUUCCCAUCAGCCCCUUCAUGGACCGCUCUGCACCACAGCUCGCCAAGCUCCAGGAGUCCUUCAUCACUCAUAUAGUGGGACCCCUCUGCUCCUCCUACGGCUCCGCUGCCCUGAUGCCGGGUCACUGGGUCGACCCGCCGGACGGGCAGAUGGAGCUGGACGAGGCAAAGGAGGCCGGCGAUACGGAGGAGGAUGAGGAGGACCCGGUCGAGGAGGACGCCUCGACUGGUUCGGACUCUUCCCAGAGGCAGAGGAUGAAGAAGGACGGCAGGAGGACGGUGUUCUGCCAGAUCACGCAGCAUCUCCUGGAGAACCACGAAAUGUGGAAGAGAGUCAUCGCCGCCGAAGUCCAGGAGGCCGAGGUCCAGGACCCGAUCACGGCCAUCCACGAGGAAGAGGAGGAACAAGCGAGCCGAGACGAGGAGGAGGAGGAGGAGGAGGAGUUGACUGACUGUUUGGAUCAAACUGACGACACGCCAACUGUAGAUGAAGAGGACGUCCUCUCAGCAGGUGACAAAGAGGAGGAAUCCCAGUAAUAACACCGACAACCUUUUUUCGAACUCUCGCUAUGUUAGCCAGCACAUGACUUUGACACGACACUGUAGAAGAGGGUUUUUUUGCUCAGUUGUGCCUAACAAAAACAGGGUUUUUGACCAGGAAGAAGCAAAAGAAGUGACCUCGCUGGACACAGAGAAGAAAACAAAAAAAACAUAAUAAUUUAUGUUGAAGUAGUACUCCAUAUUUCUGUAUAUGCACAAACAUUCACCCAACCCUCUCCAUCGGUGAGUAAUACACUGUCACACUGCCUUGCUACUGAGCCCCUUCCUCUGGCGGACAAUGGGGUUAAAGUCAGGAAAAAGCUGGUUCCGCUGAGGCUCGGUCAGGUUGGGGAAGAAAAAAAAACGGGUCGUACUUUGCAUCUGGAAACAUACACAGUUGUGUUUACAAUACAAUGCUAUAUCGGGCACGCGUUCUGUAUAAGACGUUAAAGAGGAACUGCACUUUUUUUGGGAAUUUUGCCUAUCAUUCACAAUCCUACGGAGCCCCUAAAGGGACAUGGGGGAUUUUUAUUCAUUUAUUUAU